AUGGCAGAUAAAUCUUUAAAGCAUGCACAUGGAAUAGUGGAGAAAAACUUGGUCAAGGUGGGUAAAUUCUUCUUCCCAGCUGAUUUUGUGAUUCUUGACAUAGGAGAGGAUGAAAAUGCCUUCAUAAUCUUAGGAAGACCAUUCCUAGCCACUGGGAGAGCUCUAAUUGAUGUAGAAGUGGGUGAAUUAGUACUUAGAGUGCAUGAUGAGCAAAUGGUCUUUCAUAUGAAUUCAUCAGGUGAAGAGGAAAAGUGCAUGCAAACUGAGCUUAUUGUUCCAACCCUUCAAGAACCUCCUAAUAAUGCACAAUAA